AUGUUUAACCCUGACAUCAAUGAUUAUCAGCUUACUUCCAUUAUUACUGAGUGUUGUGGUGGUGUAGCUGUUGUUUACUCAGCGCUGUACAAGCCCAGCAACCAAAAUGUCGCUAUCAAGAGGUAUUUUGUUGAUAAAACCAAAGAAAAUGCCAGUUUAAUACAGCAAGACAUCCAGACCAGAAAAGAACUACAACAUGCAAAUAUACUUCCAUACUUGACGUCAUUUGUCCAUGGUCGGGAGCUAUAUGUGGUGUCUCCAUUGAUGACGUUUGGCUCCUGUCGGGAUAUAUUGGAUCGGUACUUCCAAGAAGGUUUAUCAGAGCUGGCAUGUGCUAUAGUACUAAGAGAUGUGCUCCAGGCAUUACAGUAUCUCCAUAAACAGUUAUAUAUCCAUAGGAGUAUCCGCGCCAGCCACGUGCUGGUGGGAGCCACUGGCGGCGUGCGCGUGUCGGGGCUGCGCAGCGCCGCCUCGCUCGUGGCGCGCGGCCGGCGCCAGCGGCACCUGCACCUGCUGCCGCCCGCCGACCACGACAACACCAACCUCAUGUGGCUCAGCCCUGAGCUACUGGAACAGAAUCUCAAAGGUUAUGACGAGAAGUCUGACAUCUAUUCAGUGGGCGUGCUAUGUUGCGAACUCGCUAACGGCGCAGUGCCGUUUGCCGAAGUGCCGACCACGCUUAUGUUCACUGAGAAGGUCCGGGGUUCACGGCCACAACUGUUGGACUGUUCCACGUUCCCUGAACCGUGUCUCGACGAGUCGGAGAUGAAGAGUAUGUACAAUACAGACAGUGGAGUGGGAGAUAGCGCGGAUGCUGUGUCUCGACUAAGACAAGUUUACGCCGGUCGUAAGCUAUCAGAUACUUUCCACCAUUUAAGUGAAAUGGCGCUACAGAGGGAUCCAGAGAAGCGGCCAUCAGCAACACAGAUGUUGAACCACGCGUUCUUCAAGCAGAUCAGAAAGACAGACUACCUACCAGGGCUUAUUGGUAGAGUCAAACCCAUCAAGCCUGACCCUAAUGACAUAUCCGCACUGCUGUUACAAGAGAAGCUGUCAGAGAUGGAUAUAGAGAAAACUACGGAGUGGGACUUUUAG